ACCUGACUCAUCUUUCUCUAACAGGUAAAUUCAUAUUGAUUUAUCAUAUAUUAGAUCAGGACCUUUCACCGGGAAGAUUCUUCACGUCAGAUCAAAGAGCAAAAGAGAUUUAGGCCUUCUAAAAAUACCAGUGUGUUCAUAGUAAGACAGCACGUUUCUAGUUGUAAGUAGAUUAUGUCAGUUUACCUGCGAGGAGAAUGCAGCGCGGCACGUUUGCCUCAGUUAUCGUGGCCAUUUUCAUAUGAUCAGAACUGUGAGUUUUGGACAAAGACUGUGUUUCAGUAUGGGUCAAAUUCAAAGUGAUGAAGAUAUGGAAGUGGAACUAUCAGACAUCCAGCCUCUUUAUACCAAAUUCAUGAGAGAGUGCCCAAGUGGAGCCCUGCAUCUUCAUGAAUUCCGCAAGAUCUUCGGAAUUCAGAGCACAUCAGAAGAUGAGGCUUUGUACAUAGAAACCCUCUUCAAAUCUUUUGACACAAACAGGGAUGAUGUUAUAGACUUUAUGGAAUUUGUAGCAGCCAUCCACCUGGUUCUGAGAGGCAAACUGGAGGACAGAUUGAAAUGGUCUUUUAAAGUUUAUGACAGAGAUGACAAUGGAAAGUUGGACAGGCAAGAGGUCAAACGUGUUAUAAAGAUAAUUUGCCAACUUCAGAAAAACCACAUCAACAUGACACCCAGUGACAUUUGCGAUAGGAUAUUCGAACAUUUGGAUGAAAACAAAGAUGGUCAAAUAUCCCUGUCAGAGUUCAUGGAAGGGGCAAAAAAAGAGGCCUCAAUUAUGGACCUCUUAAAACUGGACACUAAUGCACGUGGCUGGUUCAGGGAAAACUGGGGGAAAAAAAACAUGAGUUUUCAAUAAGGUCAAGACCCAUGGGCCAAAACCUGCUUGACCUUUUACAAUCUUUCAAAUGUUGGCAGCUGCAAAUGGGAGAGACCUGGUAUGGAGGUCAGAAAAUAUUUGCCUUCUGUCACAAGCGACGUGCGUGCCUCACCAUUGAGCACAUUGAUGUUCAACCAGUCCGCAUGUGUAAAACCAACUCACACUUUCUUCUUUGUCUGGUGCUGAUACUGAUAUUCAAAUACCCAAAAAUUACAUUAAGAGAACUAUAACCAUGUUCUGCAGUAAGUUUUACUAUUUAACCCAUUUGUAUCCAUUGUAAGUAAGAAGCCUUUAUUUUUUAUUACAUUAUUUAUUUGUCUUUACAGUACAUCUGUAAUCUUACUGUUUAACCCAAUUUUAUGUAAAGAAAAAAAAAUCACUUAUAUUUCACUUGUAUUAUUACAGUGCUGAUUUUUAUGCCAUAAAAUAUACAGUGUGUCUAUUUUAUUUAUUUAUGUUCAUACAGUACAUAUGCAAUUUUACUAUGUAAAAACAAUCACUUAUAUUUCACUUGUAUUAUUACAGUGCUGAUUUUUAUACCAUAAACUAUACAGUGUGUCUAUAUUAUUUAUUUAUGUUCAUAUAGUACAUAUGUAAUUUUACUA